UCUCGGGACAAUACGUGAAAGGUCCAGGGCUAGAGACUGCUAUCGUUAAUGUGGUUAUUAAACAAAGAGGCAAGGUGAAGUGCUUGACAUUACAGAAACUAUCGAGACUAACAUAGAGUAAUAAGACACAAGUAAAACGAACGACUCCAACAUGAGUGGAUUAAUAAUAGAAAAUAACAGCACGACUCGUACAUAUAAUCAAGAAUUGCAGAACAUACAUGAUCGCUUUUCCAAUUAUGUCCAGAUGGUCCGAAGUAUCCGUGAUCAAAGCUCCCAAGUGGAGUCAACUGCCUUUCUGACCUCAGUGCAGGUGUUGGAGAAGGAGGUGGUCAAACUCAAGAAUAUGUAUGAAUACGAACUGGAAAAACUCAGGAGACGCCUGGAUGAUGUGAACCAUGAAAAGAGCCAUUAUCAGGCACAGAUCGUGAAAACCGAGAAUCUAGUUUCACAGCUUCAGAACCAGCUUCACCAGGAGACAGACAAGAGCAACGGCUUGUUUGACCAGUUGAAUGUUCUGCACAGGACCAUAGCACAAAAAGAGCAUGACUUUCAGAGAACUUUGGAGCAAUUACAGAUGGACUACACGAAUGUUCUCAGGGAAAACCAGGACUUAAAAAAGAGAUGUGAACAAGAGACAAUCAACAGACAGGAGGUAGAGCACAGGAACCGCACGCUUCAAAAUAAAAUGGAUUUUCAACAACAUGUGUCAGCUCAGGAGAUGAAAGAUAUCAGGGUGAGGCUGGACAGCUCUGCUAACACUAUUCUUCACCUGGAAUCUAAGGUGAAAGAGACAGUAAUGACGAACAACAAUCUUGUGGAAAUGUUACAGAGAGUGAGGGAGACAGCACAGGCCGAGUUAGACAGAUAUAAAAUCGAAUCGGAAGAGAACUUCAGCAGAAGUGCUUCUGCCUUAAAGGCACACGUGGAAAUUGAUCGUCGAAAUUUAGAGGCCAUGUCUGCUGAAAAUACGAAAUUGCGCAGUGAAGUGGAUUUGCUGGCAGUCAAGAUAAGAACUCUCAGAGAACAGAUGGCAUCUUUAGAAACUGAGAAAAAGAACAUGGGGGAGAUUUUGGAGCAAGAGCGCCAGCGUUCUGCACAUCACGUUCAAAGAUUGGAGAUGAAGCUGCAGGAGGUAAAUGACUUUCUUUUCCAAAAGAUGAAGGAGGUUAAUGCUGCUAAAGACGCACAGAUCCCACUUAAAGCUGAAAUAGAGACAUUCAAGACUCUGCUAGAAGAAGAGGAGAGAAGAUUAAAACUACAAAUGAAUAUGGAAAACAGCAAAAUAACUCUGCCUCCAGUGAUUUCCACUGCCCCUAUCUCAAGAGAUCUGAAAGCUCCCCAACUCAUCUACACUCCCCAUCCUCCCAACAACACCAGCAGGCAGCGUAUUACCACCAAUGCCACCUCUUCACAGAUGGUGAAAGCCAGUGGAGACCUUUGGGUUUCGCCAGAGAUGAAAGCCACUGGUGUUACUGAAGGAGGCAGCAACAAUGCACAAAUUGCCCCAAAAACGGGGAAUAAAAAAUCGAAGAAAGUUUCUACAACGCAUACUGAUGUCGAGUGCACGAGAUGCCGUAAAUGCCGUGCUCCCCUGCAGAAGUUUGAUGGAGGUAGCAAAGUUGUGUGUAGCAACUGUUUUACGUGUGUGCACUACAUGUGCGGCAAGGCUCUUGGUGGAAACGAUCACUUUGAAAACCUCGAGGGUAGCCAAGCAGAAUUAUAAACAACCAACAUAGCUUAUAUAUUUGUAAAAAGGCUAUAAUGAAAUGUCUAACCAGUUAAUAUUGUGUGUAAAAACUUGUGACAUUCAAAGUAGAUACAUGAAGAGCGAGAGAAAUAGCGCCAGUAUACGAUAAUGCAUUCAGUCUGCGCUCACGGAAUCAACUGUCUGGAACACCUUAGCUCCGUGUGGGCAACUAGA